GGCAGGUAAACAUUGGCUUUGGGACAAUCUCACAGUGCGAAAUGGCACCUUGGAGUCAUUGUUAAUUGACAUUUCCCAUGGUGAAUGAAGGCUGAUCUGUGGAGGCAGCAGCCUCCAGCCCAGGGCAGACGUCACCAUGGCCUUCCUGAUACACCUGCUGGUCUGUACCUUCGGGAUGGGCUCCUGGGUGGCCAUCAACGGGCUCUGGGUAGAGCUGCCCCUGCUGGUAACGGAGCUGCCCGAGGGCUGGUACCUGCCCUCCUACCUCACAGUAAUCAUCCAGCUGGCCAACAUCGGCCCCCUGCUGGUCACCCUACUCCAUCACUUCCAACCCGGCUGCCUUUCUGAGGUGCCUGUCAUCUUCACUGUGCUGGGGGUGGGCACCAUCGCCUGCACCCUCUUCGCCUUCCUCUGGAACGUCACCUCCUGGGUGCUGGGUGGCCACCACAGCAUCGCCUUCCUGGUCCUCACCUUCUUCCUGGCCCUGGUGGACUGCACCUCCUCCGUCACCUUCCUGCCCUUCAUGAGCAGGCUGCCCACCCACUACCUCACCACCUUCUUUGUGGGUGAAGGACUCAGCGGCCUCCUGCCUGCCCUGGUGGCUCUUGCCCAGGGCUCGGGUCUCACCACCUGUGUCAACAUCACUGAGACAUCUGACACCACCCCGAUCCCUGAGACCACCAGGAACAUGGACAGCCCACAGGGAGCUAGCAGCACUUUGGUGUCUGAGCUCGCUAGGACGGCACCCUCCGUGGUCCAUCUGGAAAGCCACUACCUCCCCGCCAACUUCUCGCCCUUGGUCUUCUUCCUCCUGCUCUCCUUCAUGAUGGCCUGCUGCCUCAUUGCUUUCUUUUUCCUCCAGCGUCAACCCAGGCGCUGGGAAGCUUCCAUAGAAGACCUCCUCACCUCUCAGGUCACCCUCCACUCCAUCCGGCCGCAGGAAGGGAAGGACCUGGGCCCCCCAGGCCCGGAGGACAGCGGCAAGGGCCAGGAGCCUCUGGAGGAGAAGACAGCCCCCCGGCACCUGGCCCACCUGACCUUCAUCUACAUCCUGGUGGCCUUUGUGAACGCGCUCACCAACGGCGUGCUACCCUCCGUGCAGACCUACUCCUGCCUGUCCUAUGGGCCUGUGGCCUACCACCUGUCUGCCACCCUCAGCUCCAUGGCCAACCCUCUCGCCUGCUUCCUCUCCAUGUUUCUGCCUAACAGGUCUACCCUCACCUGGCCCUGGAGAACUCUGGUUGGGGGCACACUUCAUGUCAGAACCCAGAAUCCCACACCCACCUAUCAGGCUGGAUGUGUAGCGGUUAAGAAUAUGGUUUCUGGGGCUCAACUGCCUGGGUUCAAAUCCCGGCUCUGCCACUUACUAGCUUUGUGAUACUGGACAAGUCACUCCACCUCUCUGUGCCUCAGGAAUCUAAAAAAUGGGGAUAAUAAUAGAUCUUCUUCCUAGGUUGCUGGGAGCAUAAGACGAGCUAAUUUCGUAAAGCUUUUAGAGCAGUGGCUCAUGUCAGGUCCACUGUCACUGCCAUUGGCCCAUGUGGAGGAGCAAGCAGGAAUUGAGUUUCCCAUUUACAAAUGGAAACCCUGAGGCUUGGAGAAAGGGUCUGCCGUGGUCUAAUUCCCAGGAUUUCAGCCCUGCUCUCCUGCCUCCGGCCCAUGUCAGCUCCCUUACAGCUGCAGUUCUAGAAGAAUGGCUGGGCAAAUUGAUAAAAUGCAGAUUGAGCCAGGCUAGAUUUCAAUUUUUUUUUAAUAUAAAUAUUUAUUUAUUUAUGGCUGUGUUGGGUCUUCGUUGCUGUGCGCGGGCUUUCUCUAGUUGCGGCGAAGCGGGGGCUGCUCUUCGUUGCGGUGCGCGGGCUUCUCAUUGCAGUGGCUUCUCUUGUUGCGGAACACGGGCUCUAGGCGCGCGGGCUUCAGUAGUUGCGGCACACGGGCUCAGCAGUUGUGGCUCACGGGCUCUAGAGCGCAGGCUCAGUAGUUGUGGCGCACGUGCUUAGUUGCACCGUGGCAUGUGGGAUCUUCCCGGACCAGGGCUCGAACCCGUGUCCCCUGCAUUGGCAGGCAGAUUCUUAACCACUGUGCCAUCAGGGAAGUCCCAAUUUCAAAUUUUAAUAAGCAACCUAAGUGGUUCUGAUGUAGGGACUUCGGAUCCGCACAGGAGAAACACCCACCUUGGGGUCAUGAAACUUUAGGUCUCCCUGCCUCCCACGUGCUCGUCUGCCCUGCCUGGCCUCACAGCCUCUCAGCCCUGCCCACCCCUCACACCCCCAGCCCGGGAAGGAGGAGUAAUGAAGACAGGAGAGCUGGACAGAAGAUGUCACUUUGCCAGAAAGCUGAUUUUUCUCCCUUGAGGUUUAAAAACUGUGGAGGGAAGCUGGAGAUUUCUGAGGGAGCAGGACCAGAGGCCACAGACCUGUGGACACUGAGACGCCCAGAAUGUUAGAAAUACAGAGUCUGAGAGUCCCAGAAUUCAAGAAUCUUGGAGCAGAACGAGUCCUUAGAGGCAGGGCAGCCCCUCCACUCUCACCUAGGGGUGCAUACCUGUCAGUGUUCUGAAGAAUGUGGCCAGGGAGACCCCAGGGAAAAGGCCUCAAGUGAAGGAUGGUGUCCUCAGUGGUCAGACCGAGGGCCUACGUGGAAGGCCGCCAGUGUAGUGCAUCUAAGCCAGCCACCAGGACCCCCAGAUCAUGCAAACCUCACGUUGUAGACAAGGUAGCUGAGGCUGGAGGGAGAAGGGUCACCCGAGGUCACACAGCGCACCCUGCAGUGCCAGUGCCAUGAUCCAAGCCGCCCGCUCAUCAGCGCGGCGUCCUGGCUGGGCUGGGGAGUAUCGCAGGAGGAAGUGGCAGCAGAUGGUACCAGGUGGGCCCACAGCCAGGGCCAGGCCCUGCACACUCUGCUCCCCAGCCCCACAAGACUCAUUACGCAGGUGAGGAAACUGAGGCUUAAGGACCAGUCCUGCAGGUGGAACUGGGAUUUGAACCAGGCUCAUGCAGCACUGGAGUCUGUUCUGUUUUUCCUGCUGGGAUGCUAGGCCCUGCCGUUAACACUCAGGAUGACUUAGGCCAGCCUUGACCCCAGGAACGUCGCUGACCCACUUGAACUGGGUAGCCUGGAAGUUUCCACGUGGGUCUAACCUCUAAGCCUGGAGACGCUGACCCCUCCGUGUGGCCCCCUGGAGCUGGGCAGGGUGGGGGGGUAGGGACAGAGGUCAGGCUACUCACCUCCUCCAUUCACCCCCCUCCCC